AUGUGGGAACUCCCAAAUAACUCCCAUUUAUUUACCGUGGCAAACUUGGAUGCCAUGGGUGUACUGAUCAACCUCCUUGCCCUGUACAAACUAAUGCAGGUCUUACCACCCGGACUAGCCACCCUAGAAGCAUCCAAUACAAAGAAUCAUACCAGACCGGACAACAUGUCCUGCUUGGAAGAGCUAGAACACUUGUUUAUUCAAUGUGAAGUGAAGUACCACCUAAGACCUGUCAUUACUGACCAUUAUCCCAUUAUUAGCUCCAUUGACUUUCAACCAGAACAAAUCAACACUUCCUCAAGGCCUAACUACAGGGAAGCAGAUUGGGACGAAUUCAACAAAGUGCUAGCGCAGAGACUUAACACCAUCCCUCCCCCAUCCAAAAUCACAACCCCAGAGCAAUUCCACAGAACGUUCAAGAAGAUAAUGCAAAUCAUAGCUGAAACCUCAAACCCUCUCCCUAUUCGAAAUGAUGGUGGUCGAGAGAGCUCAACAAAGACCACAAAAUGGUACAACAACUAG